AUGAAAUGUAUUAAUUGCAAUGCCAAGGAUCAUGUCUCCACUGAUGCCAGGAGAUGUGCUUCAUGGAGAAGGGAAAAGGACAUUAAAGAGAUCAUGGCUAUUGCAAACUUAUCUCGAAAGGAGGUUGUUCAAAACUACUCUCUCAAUUCGAAUUAUUAUGAAAUCCUUUCGGAUGCUAUCAAAAACUUCAGAUCUGGUGUCAAAGCGGCUAAGAGAAAAUCUUUCACCAACAAAAUCCGGGAACUCAAUCAAACAUCAAAUUCAAAGGAACUGUAUAGGUUUGUCAAGGCCUGCAAAUCGUCUGGUUCCGAAACACAAUUGUCCCGAUGGAAUAAUGACCUAAACUAUCCUUUUUUGGUGCACAUAAGAGAUCAAGUUUCUGAUAACUCUUUCUCAUCACAGAUCUCCACCCCUCCACCCACUCUAGAUGAUCCAUUUUCUCUUGAGGAAUUUCUCAACACCUUAAAAGCGAAGAACAAGAAACUGUCUGCUGGUACGGAUGGUGUUACUUACAUGAUCAUCAGGAGACUAAGGACGGAAUCAUCCUCUGCACUCUUAAUGGCAAUGAAUGUACAAUGGACCCAAUGCAAACUACGCGAAAGUUUGCGAUCGAUACGUAUUGUGCCAAUUCUCAAGAGGAACAAGGACCCGAGUUUGGUGACGGGCUACAGACCAAUAGCACUCAUAUCCGUUAUGUCAAACUAA